AUGGCAUCUUCGUCAUCAAUCAAAUCACGCCACGUGGCUGUAAUCGGAUCUGGAGCCGCCGGACUAGUCGCCGCGAGAGAGCUUCGACGAGAAGGUCACUCCGUCGUUGUCUUCGAGAGGCAGAAAAAGGUCGGAGGAACCUGGAUCUACACAGAUCAUGUCGAGUCGGAUCCGUUAAGCAUCGACCCGACCCGAAUCGUCGUUCACUCGAGCGUCUAUGACUCUCUCCGAACUAACCUUCCUCGAGAAUGUAUGGAAUUCAGAGACUUCCCUAUUGGAUAUCAAUCCAAGUCCCACAUCGGAAUAUUAGACAAGAAGUGUCUAAUAUAUAAGUAG